GAGAGAGAGAGCGAGAGAGGGAGUGUGUGUGUGUGUGUGUGUGGGCUGAUCCGCGGCGCGUCGCUGCUGAAGCGCGUCUGACCGUCUCUCAGUUUGGAUUCAUGAUCAUCGGCUGCGGACUGAACUCCGCACGGACGCGUUUCACUGUUCCAGCCUGGAAAUAUUAAUAAAGAUCCGCCAGCUCGAGCUGAAGUUAGUUUGUCGCGGGAUAUCAGAUUUCUGUAGGAAAUAUUCUGCGCUGGAACUGAUGCGGGAGAUUUCUGAGUCUCUGUAACUAAAGACGCUUCACGGAUCCGCCAGAGAGCAGCGCGAUGGGACCUGUGACCGCGAGGAACAGCCUCUAUCUGCUGUUUGGUGAUAAAGCGCUGGAUUAAAGCCUGAAGUGCUGCUGAUGAGCCGGGCUCAGCUGAACGAGGGAGCAGCCGAUCUUCACCACCAGAGCUCAUGUCUUCCAGAUUGAUCCCACCACUAAGAAGAACUGGGUUCCCGCCAGUAAACAGGCCGUUACCGUCUCGUACUUCUAUGACAGCACACGCAACAGCUACCGCAUCAUCAGUGUGGACGGGUCAAAGGUGAUCAUUAACAGCACAAUCACCCCCAAUAUGAACUUCACUAAAACAUCGCAGAAGUUUGGCCAGUGGGCUGACAGUCGUGCAAACACAGUGUUUGGACUCGGCUUCGCCUCUGAACAGCAGCUGUCAAAGUUUGCUGAGAAGUUUCAGGAAGUCAAAGAAGCUGCGAAACUGGCCAGAGAAAAAUCUCAGGAGAAGAUGGAGACGUCCAGCGAUCAGUCGCAGGAAUCUGGCCGUGAAACUCCAUCAGGCAAUCAAGCAUCCAGCAUCAAUGGAACAGACGAUGAGAAAAUCUCACACGUGCCGGACACCACAGCGCUGAAGAGUGAGAACGACCGGCUGAAGUCUGUAGCGGAGCAGAGUAAGAAGCUGGAGACGGAGCUGCAGGCUCUGAAGGACAGCAACGCUCGACUGAUGGACACACUGCAGGAGGCCAACAGCAGCGCAGAGAGCUGGAAGAGCAAAGUGACGCAGAGCCAGGACGAGAACAACCAGCUGAGGAACAAGAUCUCGGAGCUGGAGGUUCAGUGCAAGGAGGUAAAUCUGGAGAAAGAAAGAAACACUCAGCUGAGUCUCAGAAUUCAAGAACUGGAAGCAGAUCUGCAGGAAAAAGAACAGGAGCUGGAGGAUCUGCGCAAACAGGCAGAAACCAUCCCACAGCUUAUGGCCAAAUGUGAAAGUGUCUCGGUCAAACUACAGGCUGCAGAAACGGCCAACAGGGACCUGAGUGAGAAGAUGACACUCCUGCAGAGCGAGAUCGACGACAGCGAGCAGAAACAGAAGAACAUGAAGAGCGAGCUCAAGAAGUUCAUGGACGUUCUGGACGGGAAGAUUGAUGAGCUCCAUGAAGUUCGUCAGGGCAUUUCUAAACUGGGCGUCGAUAACUGAACACACACACACACACACACACACACCCCUCUCUCUCACACUCAUACUCACAUACACUCUCUCUCUCUCUCUCUCUCUCUCUCUCUCUCUCUCUCUCUCUCUUUCUUUCACUGGGCUCCUGUCCCGUGUGUGUUUGUGAUCUUUUGACUGAUGGUUAAGGGCUACUGAUGGUCAGCGAGGAGCUUCUCUCUCUCUCUCUCUCACACACACACACACACACACACACACACACAGACUGAAAGGUAAAUUUAACCGCUGCAGAUCUCAGGGCCGUUCAGAUUGCUGAUAUGCACAAACACAGGUGAACUGCAGAAUCACUAAGUGCCUGAUGGUGGCGCUCUCUCUCCGCCAGCCCUCAUAAACUCUUCUGACAAUCGUCCUGUUUAACGCAAGGCGUCGAGCGGCUCCUCAUGCAAUACCCGCCUCAGGCUGCAGGACGCACUUCUCUUCUUCUUCUUCUUCUUCUUCUGCUUCUUCUGUUGGUUUGUUUUGUGUUUUUGAGAGUCACAUUCAGAUUAUUCUUAUUCUGAUUGCUGAAAAUAUGAGCCAAAUAUCUGCUGUGAUGAAGGCAGUUUGCUUGUUCGGUGCAGAUGUGUGUGUCGUGCUCAGCAGUGUUUGUGAUGUGCUCCUCCGCUUGUGUGUGCGUGCGUGUGUGUGUGUGUGUGUGUGUGUGACGUUUGGUAGAUGGGAUAAUUUAUACGUGUGCUUUUUUUAGAAUAAUCUCUGCCUUUCCUGAGUCUGUGAUCAGAGUGCUUGAGCUUCCAAACUCUCUCCUCAGUUCCUUUCAGUUGUUGUUUUCUUGAUGCUGUUUGAAUGCUGUGGAUGGUGUAUUAUGUGUUUAAUGUGGGCAAUUGUCUUGAACACCCUCUAAAACACACACACACACACACACCUUACUGAAACUUGAGCCUUUUUUCCCUCUUUCUGGAAAGAAAAACUUUUGUUGAUCAAAAUUGUAAAAUAAAAAAUUGUGGAAAUCUAGUUUCUGAAGGAGA